GAGUCGCAGAAGCAGACGAUCGACCAUAGGAAUCUCGAUGCUACUUGGCUUCUGCGCUGAGAACGAGCAUUCAUGGGAGUUCCGGGUGCGCGUGUGGUGACGCCGUGGCAUCGAAAAGCAAAUACGAGUAGCAUGCAGCGGUCUGGAUCUUGUAGGUUCGAAGCAAUGAGCAAGCGGUGAAUUAAGAUGUGCGUCGCGCGGGCAUGCAGAGGCUAGAGUCACUUGAGGUCCGAAGCUCAGCGCUUCCGGCCAACCACCGAGUCGGCGCAUUGCUUAUACUCAUCACUGCUAGUUUCCAUAUUACCUACGGCCAGGAACUUAGACGUCUGCGCUGAACACCAUGUCGUCAACACCACAAGUUACCGUGCCGUUCUUCAAGAAGAAGGGUCGCCCAACAACUACGCGCAAGCGGUCUGCCUCGCCUCCAGCGACCGCAAUGACCGUGCCUGUACCGUCGUCCUCCAAGUCGGAAGUUGUACUCCCCUCGCGGAAAGCGACUGCAAACCUUCUCAGCGCCGGGACAAAGCGCACCGCAUCACAACGGCAGGAGGACGAGUACAGCGACGACGCGCCCGAGAAGGAGGGCCCCGACGUGAAAUGGACGACCGCCGGCUCGCACAUGAACGCCGCGCUGGAGAUCAUCCAGGGCGACGAAGCUGCGGAGAUGCUUGCGAAGCGGCAGCGAAAAGAGGAGGGCGAUGAGGAGGAAGACGUGCCCGACGACGGGUUGUACAGAGGCCAGAAGGCGUACGCGAGCCACGUCAAGAAGAACAAGGAGGUUCCGAAAGCGAUGCGCGUGGGCCCGCAGAGAGCGUCGGGGAGCACGAUCCGCACGGUGACGAUCGUCGACUACCAGCCGGAUGUGUGCAAGGACUACAAAGAGACGGGCUACUGUGGCUACGGUGAUACGUGCAAGUUCUUGCACGACCGCGGAACAUAUCUUGCCGGCUGGCAGCUCGAUAAGCUAGCUGCUGACCCGAAACGACAGGUCGAGGACGUCUCGGACAGUGACUCGGACGACGAGGACAUCCCCUUCGCGUGCCUCGUCUGCCGGAAGCCUUACACCGAUCCGGUAGUGACGCGCUGCGGGCACUAUUUCUGUUCGCCCUGCGCGAUCAAACGCUUCGCGAAGACACCGAAAUGCGCGGCGUGCGGUGCACCCACGGCCGGCAUCUUUAACCGCGCCGACAAAGUCAUCGAGAAAAUGCGGAAGAAACGCGGGGACGAUGAGGCCGAGGAAGGGGGCGACAGCAAUACGGCCGACGUCGAAAUCGAGGGGCUGCAGGGAAGCGACCAAGACGGCGGAGAUGAAGAGGACAGUUAAGGCACCC